CCCAUCACCUUCUCCAAGAUCAAGCAUCUCAAGACUGCCAUGGAAAUUUGGCAAGGUCUUGGGAAGCUGUGUGAGGGAUCAGAGAAUCUAAGAAAGCAGAAGAUAGAGGUCCUACUUGAGAAGUUCAAAAGCUUCAAAAUGCUUCCCAGAGAAUCAUUUGAUAUGUUGGAUGAAAGAUUCCACAAAAUUUUAAAUGAUCUUGCAUCACUUAACCACGUUCUUUCUCCCAAAGAAAAGAAUGUAAGGUAACUGAUAUCUCUUCCAACUGAGUGGUACACCAAAGCCACAACCAUGGAAGAAGGAAGAAACCUGGAGAACUACAUUGUCCAAGGUCUCCUUGAUGAGCUCAGAACCUAUGAGCAUGAGCUGAAGAAGAUGAAGGAAGAACAAGUCACUCCCUUCCCCACGGCAUUGAUGACAACUCCCAGAGCCCCACCAAGUGAAGGGACAUGCCCAAGAAACUGUGACACUCCUUCCUCCAGCCAGCCACCAAGCUCAAAAAUGGAGAACUACGAUGAGGAAUUUGCCAUGAUGGUCAAGCAAUUCCGGAAGUUCAAGAAGUUCUUCAAGAAAGCUGACUCAGUCAGAAGGCCGUCCAAGGGAAAGCCACAGGUAAGUGACUCCCCUCCUGAAUCUUACUUAUGUUAUAACUGCAGGAAGCCUGGCCACUGGAAGUUAGCAUGCCCGUAUCCAAAAGUGGAGAAGUACGAAGAAAGAGAAAGGAACGAAAAGAAGAAGAAGGCAAUGGUAGCAGCUGAAAGUGACGAGUCAUCCAGCUCAAGCUCGGAUGAAGAAGCCCUUGUCUGCAUGGAGCGCAGAGCUAAGAAGUCCAACAAUGAGGAUCGGUGGACUAUGUCAGAACAUGACACUCUCUGCCUAAUGGCCAAAGAUCAUGCUGAUCAAGAGGUAACUUCACAAACCUCCUGCUCAUCUUCUUAUGAAAGCAUACAACCUUCUAAAAAUCUUUUUGACCAGUUCAAAAAGAUGAUGGAAGAUUUUGAGGAAAUAAAUCUCAAACACUCAUCCUUAACAGAGGAGAACAAGCUAUUGAGUGAAAAGAAUCUCAAGUUGACUGAAGGUCGGAAAAGUCAACUAAGUGAGAUUACUCAACUCAAGGCUGAAAAUGAAUCUCUCUCUGAAAAGGUGAUAUCCCUUAACAAGGAGCUAGGGAUAAUUAAGUCCAAAGAAGCAAUGGAUAAGCUUCUUGUAGCGACCAAACAAAAGGGUCGUGAAGGACUUGGGUUUGACCCCUCCAAUUCCAAAAGGAAAGGGAGAACAACUUUCAUCCCUCCUAAACCUACUGCCAAGCUCAAUAAGCAGAAAGGAAAGGAGAAGGAGAAACCCACAGAAGUUCCCAAAAAGGUAGUCCCUCCUAAGAACUAUAGGAAGCUGGACACACCUCAAAAAGGAAACAACUUCAGAAGAAAACCUUCUAACCCCCACUAUACUCGAGGCUAUACUCAUUAUGGGGUAGAUAGGAGUUUUCCGAGAAAUUCUGAGUGGAGAACUAUGCCAAGAUAUAGUCAUCCUCCACCCCAGAAAAUGUUUGUUCCACCCAAGUAUGCUUACAACCAUCACAGGUCACACUAUGCGCAACCUAGACAAAACUAUAGGUCUUAUCAACCUAAGUUUGCUAGGAGAAAACAGGAAAUUGCACCACCUGGCCGUAGGAAGUUCUAUGCCUACAAUUAUGACUACAAUCCCAACAAGUUUAGAGCUGCAAGGAAAAUUCCCUGCAACUUCAAACUUGAUGAAGCCACUAAGUACCCAGGUGUCUGGUACUUAGACAGUGGUUGUUCAAGACACACGACGGGUGAUGCGAGCCUUUUGAGCAAUGUAAUUCCCUAUGAUGGUCCAAGAGUUACUUUUGGAGGAAGCAAUGAUUUUGGCCUUACAAAAGGGCUAGGAAAUCUGGUGUACAAGGGACUAACCAUCCAAGCUGUAUCUUAUGUGGAAGGUCUCAACUAUAACCUUCUUAGCAUAAGUCAGUUUUGUGAUAAAGGUUAUUCUCUGGAAUUCUGCAAGGACAUGGCAUCCCUCAAGAACAUCUCCACAAAUGAAGUCAUUCUCACUGGGAAGAGAAUCAGAAACAUCUAUGAAGUGAUGUGGGACGAUGUCAAGGAAGCAUGCCUAAUCAGCAAAUAUGAGGCCAUCUUCCUAGGAUAUUCCAUGGUGAGCAAGGCGUUCAGAGUCUUCAACAAAAGAACCAUGAUCACUGAAGAGUCAAUACAUGUUAUUUUUGAUGAAAAAGAUGUGGUUGACAAGCCAUCUAAGCAUGAUCAUGAGGCUCUGGAUCUCUCAGACAAAGAUGAAGAAGUCAAUGAAGGAGAUAGAAUGAAGCCAACGGAGUUUAUUCCAUUCGGAAGUCUACCAUUGAAGACUUCACGGAGAAGUCCAGAUUCAGACCACGCUGAGCCUACCAAGAAUCAUAUCCAGCCUUCCAAAAUCCUGGAUCUCUCACAUGGUGACAAUUCCGGAAGUGGUGAUUAGGUCCCAACUAAUCUGGAAACACCAACAAACUCCAUUCUUCAACCAGAAGCAAAGCUAGAACAGCUAGUCAACCCUAAUCAACACAAUCUUCAUUG